AACACGGCGCUACUAUUUCUACAACUAUUUCACCAAACCACAACAUCUAUUGGCAUAUUUGUAUGUAUUCGUGUUUUGCCUUGCUUUCAAUUUUCGAGGAAUACAAGCAUUUGUGCAUUGAUGAUUGGAAAUCGGACUACCGGAUGUGGUCAAAGAACGAUGGAAAGGAUAAGCAGCUUGUCGAUAUCGAGCACACCAAAUUAUUUUGUGAACUAUACGAAUUCAAGCACUACAGAUAGAGGAGAAUCGAAUUCUUUCACUUCGAUAUGGGAUAUAUGUUUCAUCUCAAGCAGCUUGAUGAUGUUUUGUAACGCGUGGAUUGCGGUUGCCUUCAUUUUAUACGCAAAAUCAUCAAAUAUUUUAGUUAAAAGGUCAAGAACCGAUAUGGACGGUGGAUUUAUAUUUAAAGUUGCAAUUGCAUCUGUAGUUUUGCCUUUGUCUAAAUUUGCCACUACGUUACUGAUACUAGUUGUCGGGCUAUAUCCUGAGAACCACACAGCUUGCAGUGUUAUUAUAUAUGUAAGCAACGUUCUGCUGGUAGCGUCAGUAUUGGCUGUUUAUCUAUUUCUGUGGAUCCGCCAACGAGCUUUUUACACCCAUCCAUCACUGGGAAGUAUUUUCAAUAGAUGCAUCGCAAGAUUCAGUAAAAUGAGUCUGCUAAUGAUCGUUUUGCCCAUUCUAACUUCAAUGAUCGUUGACAUGGUAACAAAUAAGUACGAAUCUGGCGUACAUGGUUGCGUUUUCCGAAACGAUCAAGAUGACAACAAUUACCGUUUUUUCAUCUACGCUGCAAUUUUGACGGUAGGUCAGGGUUCCCUCAUCGGUCUUUUUGUUUAUCCGAUUUGCAUUCAUGCAAAGUCACAAUCGGAAAUGGCAUCGGAACGGUCAGAAACUUUUAUUUCGAAACAAGUAGAAUCGAGAACAUCUUUGGAUAUGUCUGUAAAUGCAAGUUUCCGUAUAGGAACUGCAGAGGAGACUCAAAAUACAUCGAUCGCUUUACAGACAAUAGACGGGACAUCUACAGCCAAAACUGGGUCUUUUAUGACCACUAUAUUUACGAAGCGAAAGCAUAUUGACAACGGGGAUAGUCAUGUGCGUGUUUCAGUCGACGAAGAAAGCGAAACAUCACAAAAGGCAGCAAGACGUGGUUUUCGCAAAGGAUCUAAGAUCUAUCUUCUCGUAAAACGUACUCUGUAUCUAGCAUGUAUUUCUAUUUUGUCUGAUAUAUUGGGAAUGGGUAUAUCGGGUCUGUUAGUGCCCAAAGGAACUCCAUAUUAUGUCGUGUGUGUCUUGCUCGACGUAGACAUCAUUGUGAACACUAUUACAGUUGUAGGUUCAUUUCGAAACUGGCAUCAAAUUUUGUUCGGUAGAUUUAUGAAGUUUUUCGAAAAGUGAUUUGAAAUCAGAAUAGUUUUUUUUUUAAUUUGACAGGUCAGCCCGACAGUUCUCCACCAUUGCCAAGCUGCUUUGGCAUCUCUCACUGCGUAUCUGACUGCGCCCUUUUUGCAAACUCGUUAUAAGUCAACUUUAAUAUCAAUAUCAUACAUAGAUAUCAAUUAAUAUUUUGUUAUUAUAUGUGUUCUCUUGUUCCGUCAGUGUUUUGUUUGUUGCUUUUUAUGCAAUUUCGCUUAGCGCCAGGUCACAGACGCUUACUCAUCGGCUUGUUCAAUAGAAAAGUUGGAAAGAUACCACUGCCAUCCCAGUUAGCAUGUCAGAUAAAUGUGAGAAAUAGAUUUAAUUUGCACCUAUAUCUAAUUUUCUCUAUCACUACUAGGGCUGCUAGACACUUUCGAAUACUUGAUGAUUUCAGAAUUUAAUCAAAUAAUUUUUUCGAAUCGAAUCGAAUAUCGAAUACUUGAGAGAUAUAGAAGUGUAUGUAACUUUCUUAUUGUAUUAGGUCCUCCAG